CCCCCUACUUCCAUGAAUUUACUUUUUUUUCCCUGUGAUUUGGGUUUUUGAAUUUUGAUCUGUAUGUUGUUUUUCUUGUUAUAAUUUGGAGUAUUUGAUGUUGGAUCUGCUAUGUAUAUCUAGGGGUUUCCAUCAAGAUCUGUUUUUUAUUUUCAUUAUUUUCCCUACCAUUUCUCUAAUUUUCCUCGGGUUUUGGAAAAUUAACCUUUUUGAGAUUCCUCAACUUAUAGGAAGAAAAGGGGUACUCAGCGGAUUCCCUUUAAAUGCUUUCAAUGAUUUGAUAUUUCGUUUGUUAAUUCAAAACUUCUCUUCUUCUCUGCUUGUUUCUCUCUCUCUUUGAACAUUUCAUUCAAGGGGGGUGGGGGGGGGGAGAAAAGCAAAGUUUUUUCCUUUCCUUUUUCUGUGCUUGUGUACGGGUAAAUCAUCUUUAUAUUAUGAUGAAUAGGGGACUUGAAAUUCUUUCUCCAGCCUCUUAUCUGCACACAUCCAAUUGGUUGUUCCAAGAGAGUAAAGAUACCAAAUGGACUCCUGAAGAGAACAAGUGCUUUGAAAAUGCCCUUGCUUUGUAUGAUAAAGAUACCCCUGAUCGUUGGAUUAAGGUGGCCGCCAUGAUUCCUGGUAAAACAGUUGGAGAUGUCAUCAAACAGUACAGGGAAUUGGAAGAAGAUGUGAGCGAUAUAGAGGCUGGUCUCAUACCAAUCCCUGGUUACAACCAUGAUUCUUUUACAUUGGAGUGGGUUAAUGAUGGUCAAGGCUUCGAUGGAUUCAGACACCAUUACACUCCAGGUGGCAAAGGAGGCACAGGGUCAAGAUCUUGUGAUCAAGAAAGGAAGAAAGGUGUGCCGUGGACUGAAGAAGAACACAGGCAAUUUCUAAUGGGGCUUAAGAAGUACGGUAAAGGGGAUUGGAGGAACAUUUCGCGGAAUUUCGUGACGAGUCGGACUCCGACUCAGGUGGCCAGUCAUGCUCAAAAGUACUUCAUCAGGCAUCUUAAUGGAGGGAAAGACAAGAGGAGGUCCAGUAUCCAUGAUAUCACGACGGUUAACAUCCCCGAUACUCCCUCUUCUUCACCGGAUCACUGCAAGCGAUUGUCUCCGAAUGAUUCUUCUACAGUCAUACAGGCACAGCAGCUGGCGAAACCGGCCACAAGUAAAGAGAUUGAUUUCGAGUGGAAACAACAAAACGAGGGAGCACCUAUGGUUUUCGACCAGAUGAGUAAUCCCAAUGCUUUCCUGCCCCCUUUCUCCGGGAUUUCAUCGUACGAACCGGAGAUUGAGGAACAAAAUUUGCUUAGAGAAACUCUUCCCGGUUCUCAAUUUGGAACAUCAUACAACACUCUUGUCCAGAUGCAGUCAAUGCAACAUCAAUAAAUUCAUUGACGAAAGAGGAAAUGAAGGUAUUAUUAUUAGUUAAAUGAGAUGAAUACGAAGCGUUGAUGUGUAUAUCUUGGAGAUGCAAUUCAGUCCAUAGUUUCCUCUAUAAAGAGAGCUCAGUUAGGGUGGUUUUGUGAUUUCUUCAUUCAAAUUCCGAAUUAUUGAACCAAAAAGAUAAGCUCAUUUACACGAAGAAGCGUCGGUGUUUAAGUUAAUUCUAGUCUAGCCGUGUGUAUGCAUCAUCUGUUGUCACCUUCUAUUCUUGGAUUGAUUGUGUGUUCCUAUAGAGGCUUGAAUUUGAUAAUAAUAAUUCAGAUUUCCUUGCUUCGAACUGUGAUGAAAUCUAUAAGGAUCUUCUUGUUGCUUACGAAUUGUGUUGUGGUUUAAAUGGAUGCAUAUAUGAGCAAGGUGGAAGCAGUUGAUUUGGACAA